GCAAAUCUCAGUCAAUCCAAGCUUCCAAACUAUUCAACUUCAUGGGUUUACCAUUGAAGGUAAGAGAGAUCAUAUACGGAGAUCUUCUUACCGUGCCGAGCCUGAUCUGUCUUCGUCAAAACCAGACCGUGCACUCCAAGGAAGACGGUGCCUAUGUGUUCGCUGAGCACAGAGAGUUGCUGUCGGGGAUCUCAUUUGCGCUCACUCAAACUGCCGUUGACGGCUUGAAGUCGCGAGUCCACCGUCACGAGUCCUUCAAUAUCGCCAUUCUUCGCGUCAGUCGGCAAGUCUUCACUGAGACUCGAAAGGUCUUCUACGGAUGUAAUGAGUUCCAGCUCUUCAAUCGCACUCCGGAGACAUCCCCUCCAGUUGACUUCUCCGUUCCCCUGUUUCCGCCUGGCUAUGCGAGAUUCGUCAAGAACAUCACAAUCUGCGCGCAUCAUGUCUAUGGCCUAGGUUAUCUUCUAAAAGGGGGUCAUAAAGACCUGAAGAACCGCUACAGGAAUCUACAAAGGCUGACCCUGGUUCUGGAAUUAGAAAGCAGCAUCAAGAACUACGGGAAGCAGUUCACACGUGCUCGUAGCGAAGACUGGCCGACGUAUGUAGCGCGUGUCCAAGCCAUUCUCCAGCAGGAGACAUACAAUUGUCAAGGCAUCUCGAAGUCGGUCCCGUCAUGGGUUGAAUUGAAGGCACUCUUCAUCGGCGACAGAUACAUUGAAGGCCACAAGAAUUCGAACAUCAACCGGCCUACUCUAGUGGCCAGUGACGAACUAACCAGACGGGCAGAGAUCAAGAGCGCUAUCACAGACGCCUUCAACCAUUUCAAACGGUCUUAUUGAAUUUGUAUCGCAAAUCCACCCCCUUCACUCGGGGUCAGACGACACUUCUUUGACGUGGGGCACUCGAUAUGUUUGCAGAGUGCCUUCGAACUUUUGACGGAGACGGUUUUGAACGUUGCGGAUCGCGCCUAGUAAUAGCGGGCUUCCCUAUCCGCUAAGGUAGGUGGAUCGAAUUUGAGUUAACGGAAAAGAUUUCACGGAAAACAGCACUGGGAGAAAUUUGAGCAAAGGGCGAGUGCAUUCUGCACAUCAUUCCGUCGUGUCUAUGAUGGUUUCGCCAAGUACUCCCUUUCGGCAAUGAGCUGAAGAAAGGUAAAGUGGCAUCGAAUUAGGGGAUAUAGAUCUUCAGGAAAGUAGUUCGUUCAAAGUAAGAAAAAUAAGCAAUGGUCAG